AUGCGCUCUGUGAUUGACAUCUGCCAGGAGGUCAUCAAGCAGUCCAAUGUGCAGAUCCUCGUGCCCCCCGCACGCCCCGACAUUAUGCUUUUCCGUCCGGGGGCUGCUGACCUUGGCUUCCCUCUUGACAUGACCAAUGGUGCCACUUUGGCACCCAAUGGCAACGGCAUUGCUGGUAUGCCUGAAGACGAGGCCACGCGGGCUGCACUUACUGCUGCGCAGUCCUCCCUACCUGUCCUGCAGGGUGUGGACCGCCUGCCGAUGGUGGCAGGACCUCUCUCCCCGCCACUGCUGGCCUCACCCUUCCAGAAUGUUGCUGCUAGUGCCCCCACUUUAGGCACCAAGAGGGGGAGAGGGCGUCCCCGUAAAGCUAAUCUCUUGGACUCCAUGAUGUUUGGUACCCCGGGGGGCCUGCGAGAGGCUGGUAUCCUGCCUUGUGGCCUCUGUGGGAAAGUAUUUACGGAUGCUAAUCGUCUUCGUCAGCAUGAGGCUCAACACGGGGUGACAAGCUUACAGCUGGGCUACAUAGACCUCCCACCCCCAAGACUGGGUGAAAAUGGUAUCCCUGGUCCGGAUGACCCCGAUGCACCCCGAAAAAGAAGCAGGACAAGGAAACAGGUGGCCUGUGAGAUCUGUGGCAAGAUUUUUCGGGACGUGUACCACCUGAAUCGGCACAAGCUGUCACACUCUGGCGAGAAGCCUUACUCUUGUCCAGUGUGUGGCUUACGGUUCAAGCGGAAAGACAGGAUGUCCUAUCACGUUCGAUCUCACGAUGGCUCUGUGGGAAAGCCGUACAUCUGCCAGAGCUGUGGAAAAGGCUUUUCCAGGCCAGACCACCUGAAUGGACACAUCAAACAGGUGCAUACCUCAGAGAGACCUCACAAGUGUCAGGAAAAUGGCAGCCACCAUGGAAUAAGCUCAGAGACAUCUACAUCCAUAGAAAAUUUGAAACUUCAAGAGACUUGUAAUGCUUCCUUUGCCACUCGUGACCGACUGCGCUCACACCUAGCAUGUCAUGAAGACAAAGUUCCGUGCCAGGUGUGUGGGAAGUACUUGCGAGCAGCAUAUAUGGCAGAUCAUUUGAAGAAACAUAGUGAAGGACCAAGCAAUUUCUGCGCUAUCUGUAACCGAGGUUUCUCCUCUGCCUCCUACUUAAAGGUCCAUGUUAAAACCCACCACGGUGUUCCCCUUCCCCAGGUCUCCAGGCACCAGGAGUCCAUCCCGAAUGGGGGAGCAGCGUUCCACUGCGUCAGGACCUAUGGCAUCAAAGGCCAGAAAUGUUCACAUUCGGACCCGAUUGAGAGUUCUGAUUCAUACGGAGACCUAUCUGACACCAGUGACCUCAAGACUCCUGAGAAACAGAGCACCAAUGGGUCCUUCUCGUGUGACAUGGCAGUCAGCAAAAACAAAAUGGAGACAGAAGGAGAGAAGAAGUACCCUUGCCCUGAAUGUGGCAGCUUUUUCAGAUCGAAGUCUUAUCUGAACAAACACAUACAGAAAGUUCACGUCAGGGCCCUGGGUGGCCCACUGGGGGACCUCGGUCCUGCUUUAGGAUCCCCCUUUUCACCCCAACAGAACAUGUCUCUCCUGGAGUCAUUUGGGUUUCAGAUCGUCCAGUCAGCAUUUGCAUCAUCCCUAGUGGAUCCAGAGGUCGACCAGCAACCAAUGGGGCCAGAGGGGAAAUGA